AGUGCGGGUCCCUAGUAGCCUCCGGGCAGUGGGCGGGCCCAUCGGCGUCACGGGUCCUGACAGGGAAGACGUGGGCAGGUCCUGGCAGGGGAGAGUCGUGCUGGCAGCCGCUGGUGUGGAGGUGGCACCUGCGGGAUGGAAUCUCGAGUCCCAGACGCCCGGACCGGGGAGGCUGAGCGCGCCUCGGGCGAGGGCACGGCGCGGGGCGGCGGCGCGGCCCCGGGCCCCGCGGUCUCCUCGCGCUUGGGAGCCGCCCGGUGGAGGCUCCUGCGGCAGGUCCUGAAGCAAAAACACCUGGAUGGUUGUCUACGACAUGUAUCUGUAAGAAGAUUUGAAUCAUUUAAUCUGUUUUCAGUAACAGAAGCCAAAGAAAGGGAAACUGAAGAGGAAUGUGGUGCAUGGGUCCAAUAUACAAGUGUCUUCUUCCCUGAAUACAGUAUUUCCUUAAGGCAUAAUAGUGGAUCUUUGAAUAUUGAAGAUGUUCUUACCAGCUUUGACAAUACAGGAAAUGUUUGCAUCUGGCCGGCUGAAGAGGUUUUGGCUUACUACUGCCUCAAGCACAGUGAGAUAUUCAGGGACCUUGCUGUGUGUGAGCUAGGGGGUGGCAUGACAUGCUUGGCUGGGCUCAUGGUUGCUAUUUCUGCAGAUGUCAAAGAAGUUCUGUUAACUGAUGGGAAUGAAAAGGCCAUCAGAAAUGUGAGAGACAUCAUCCAAAGGAAUCAGAAGGCUGGUGUGUUUAAGACUCAGAACGUAUCAAGCUGCGUUUUACGAUGGGAUAAUGAGACAGAUGUCUCUCAACUGGAAGGACAUUUUGACAUGGUUAUGUGUGCUGACUGCCUGUUUCUGGACCAGUACAGAGCCAGCCUCGUCGAUGCGAUAAAGAGAUUGCUCCAGCCCGGGGGGAAAGCAAUGGUAUUUGCCCCACGCCGAGGGACUACUUUAAACCAGUUUUGCAAUCUAGCUGAAAAAGCUGGCUUCUCUAUCCAGAGACAUGAAAAUUACGAUGAACACAUUUCAAACUUCCACUCCAAGUUGAAAAAGGAAAACCAGGAUAUAUAUGAAGAAAACCUUCAUUACCCACUUCUGCUUAUUUUAACCAAAAAUGGAGAGAAGACUAAGCUGCUCAAAAGAUGAAGAAAAACAUCAAGUACACAAGGAAUAUUUUCUAAAAACCAGAAGUCUGGAAUGUGUGUAAUAUGCAGCAAGCCAUUGGCUUCCUGUCCAGCCCCAAAGACGUGGUCAGCCCCACACCACCACCACCUUGGCGUCAUUCCACGUAUGAUUAUGAAGCCCACCUGUCCUCACCCACAUUAUUCCCCAGCCUCCCUGUGUCCUCUCUUUUUUUUCAGUCUGCUUAUUGCUCUUCCUGCACUAAACCUUUGUUUGUCUUUAAAUACCUAUAAACAGCCUUUCUGCUAUUUGAAUUGGACUUGUAAGCACCCUAAAUAUUUUUGCCUCUAAUUGAAACAGAAUUUCCUUUGGUGUUUGUCACCCCUAUUAAAAAAAAAAAAAAAAAUA